CCACUUCAAAGUGCGAUUGGUGCAACAGCAUUGUGCUCUGCAAAUAAUCAGGUAGAAUGGCCUACAAUUUAAUCUCGGUGUUGUCAUUAUUGACCAUUAUAACGAUUCGAAUGGCGCAACGCCGUCCGAGUACACUGGAAGUGAUUGAUGAUUUACGCAACGUAGAACCAUAUGAUAAAUUACAUCGUGACGAGGUCCUGCUGAAACUUCACGAGGCCAAAUUGGAUGCAUCAGAACUCAUAUCCGAUUUGUACCGAAAUAUGACCUCAAUAAAGCACGACUACGUGCAUCAAGCCGUGGAAGGUGAGGAUGAAUUGCUCAAUGAUGUCGACAAGAACACAGGUGACCUAGUUUGCUUAAACUACUUAAGGACCAUUGUUGAGCACAACAUGUACAUGGCUGGAAUCUUCUUCACUAAUUGCAUAGACGAAACCGACUACAAACUGGGCACAGAAUCAAAUGCUGUAUAUGGAGAAUUGUAUAGCCAUGAAUUAAAAUAUGCCCGUGGAAAACUUCUAGAUGCUUUUCAUCUUGGAAAUAUAGUGAUAGAUCCUAAAUCAAUUUCACAAAAUUUAAUAGCAAAACUUGAACAAUCUUACGGUGAACUUGUUAGCACAUUAGAUAGUAUUGUAAACAAGUUUGGAAAUCGAUUAGGUAUGGUGAAAAGUUUAUACACACAAUCCCUAAUUAAUAACAAAAACCUACUACAACUAAUUUUCGAAAUUACGAAACGUCAGUUGAAUGUAAUUUGUCGCCAUAAAUUACCGUUGACAGAAUAA